UGCUUUCCUGAAGGCUGAAGUGCUUUGCUGGCAUUCUCGUGUUCUUCACUUUCUGCGAUAUCUAUGGCAAUGAUUAUGUAGGGACGUUUCCAGAUCUAGUCCGUGGUAGUAUACUGCGAUAUUAUCAGUAAUGAUGGAGCAAGUUAGAUCAGAGCUGCCAUUUGUACCCCCUGGUGGUGAUGGUAGCAUAGACCUUGAAGAAGCUGGAGCCAGAGUGCUUAGUUCCCUCUUCGUAUAUCCAGAAGAGAAGCCCAACGAGGUCACCACACUUCCAGCGGAAUGGACAGCAUGUCUUCAGGAUGACCAAUGUGGUUCUUUAACUGUAGCCAAGACGAGUACACCAUCAACACCAGUAAAAUCUCCCGCUGGUUCUGCUGCGCAGCCAGCUACUCCUACCUCAAACUUGAAGCUUUUGGUCCAGGCUGUCAGCCCCGAUUUGAGGGAAAGAGCAGCUGCCCGAGAAGUAGAGCUAAAGCGGCCAAUUCGAGCUAUGGAAGAAUAUCAGGAGAAGCCUGCUGGGUUCUUUGGGCGCAAAUCCAAGUCACUGGGCUUGUUAUGCAAUCGCUUUUUGGAACGAUUUGAUAAACCAGAGAUGAGCGGUGAACAAAUUUGUCUUGACAGAGUAGCUGAAGAUUUAUCUGUGGAACGGCGCAGAAUUUAUGAUAUUAUUAACGUUCUGGAGAGUGUGGAGAUGGUCAGCCGCCUUGCCAAAAACAAAUAUCGCUGGAAUGGCCGCAGUGGCUUGCAGACCACCCUUGCAAAGUUACACGCGCUCGCUGAGAAAGAAAGUGCACCAUCAACACCAGGGUUGUCAAGCCCAGCAAACCGUGACAAGUCUCUCGGUGUGCUGAGUCAACGCUUUCUCAUGCUGUUUCUGACGUCUGAUACCAAGACUGUGUGCUUGGAAGACGCAGCACUUACCCUCAUUGAUGGCCACCAGGCUGAUGCAGCUAAGUGCAAAACAAAAGUGCGUCGUUUGUAUGACAUCGCCAACAUUCUCACCAGCCUCAAUCUCAUCCAGAAGGUACACGUAUCAUCAAACAACGGAAAGAAAUCUGCCUUUUUGUGGGUUGGUCCUGACAUUUCCUCAGCAGACUACCACUAUGAACGGAGUCACUCCCAGGAAAGCUUGGAAUCUACACCGACCGCAGCUGAACCCGUUGCUGGCAAGCGUCGUCGCACGCUCUCGAAGCAUUCGCUUGUUGAUAACAUGACUGCAGUACACUCCCCGGAUGGCACCAUUCUCUUGAGCACACCGACUGCACAGCCUUCGACGCCCCAGCAACCGGCAUCGGCCGGUUUAGUUACGCUGAAGAUGCGCCGCUGUCACAGUUUUGACAGUCAGAAGAUCUUGCCGGAGUUGCCGCACAAGUAUGCCCGCUUUCCACAAGCACCGAUUAAAGCACUCACAGCCGGCAUAUCGCUUGACAGUAGUUUCUAUUCACGACUGUUGCCGAAUGCAGCUGUCGUUCCAUCACCACUGGUGCCAAUAAUGACCAGCUCAGCUUCUUCAUCACUGGACGAGCCACCAAUUGUUAUACCUGGCGUUGUAAAUGAGGAAGAGCUGCACCCGUCUAUGCUCAUGUCCCCGCCGGGGUCACCGCGUCCUGCCAUGGAUCAACAGACAACACUGCCAUCUGCAGUGGCAGCUAAUAGCACUGGGCCGCAUUGUUCUAGUUCCAAUUUCUUCUCCCCGCCACCGGAAAGUCAGCUGGCAGGCUGGGACAAGAUGUGUGCGGGUGAAACGGCUGUUGUCACUUCACCGGCAUGCGAAACACAUGUACCUAUCUCAGCUGCUUCCUUGGAGCCACCAGCAAAAGCACCGUUGCACAUGGUGACCAUCAUAUCUGAGAUCAAUUCUGAGGCACCGCGACCGGCCAAGAAGCCAGUGGCUUGUGGAAGUUUGGUUAGUGAUGUGUGCCGCAUGCUGCCCCGUGCCUCCAGUGCUUCGGCUGUUGUGCCUUCAGCACCGUGUUCCGUGACGGCUGUGAGUGCCAGUAUUCCUAGAGCGAGUGUGUCAACUUCACAGAUAUCCACUGACCGGGAGAAUAUGGCUCCAGCUGAGAGACCUGCACCUAUCUCCUCGCCAAAGCUGAUGGUUUAUUACGAAAUGCACAGACAGCCUCGCAUUGCACCUGCAUUACUUCCUGCCCGAGCAUCCACGGCUGCAUCCGAAUGCUCUCAAGUGACACGAAAGUGUCCAGUAUCGCAGCACAUCUUCACAGCGGCCAAUGAUACCCCAUCAUUGUUGGCCUUGCAACCUCAACUGGCUGCUUCUCAGAAUGCUCUCACUACUGCCACAAGCGUACUACCAUCGGCAGUAUCGCUUUCAAGUGCAGCUUGCAAUGCUGCUGCCGCACCUAUAGGUAACCUAGUUGCCAAGCCCGUCGUGUCUAGGUUUCCUUCUCCCCUAGUGCAGCGACCAGCCCAGGAGCGCAAGCCCGCUGUAUCAGCUCUGGCAUUGAAGUCGCAUCCACUGCAAGAGAGCCAGCUAGCCAAUAUCCAACAUGUUGAAUCCAGUUUGCUUGCAAAGCCACUGGUGCAGAAGGCAACAGCAGUAGCAGCAGCAACAGCAGUAUCCAUGGCUUCUUUCCCGUCAAGUAGCAAUGGUAGCAGUAAGUCGGUUCAGUCUAUAUCCCCCGUGAUAUCUCCGUGUGAGAACCCCUUGCAAUCCAUAGUUACUAAUUCUGUUCGGCCCAAACAAUGUAUCCGACUCUAGCCGCUGGCGGCUGGUUCACUCUUGUGACGGUACUCCGGGCUGGAAGGUCUCAAGACUUAGCAUUUCAUUUUCAUUUCCUUUAAAUUGUAGCAUUUAGAGUUGCUGUCUCGGUAUUGAGACCCAGUGGCUUCACAGAUAGAAAGAUUUCUUUUCUUUAACUUUAACCUCAUGGAUAUACUACAUUUCAUUUCUGGCAUGGUAGCAACAUUUUUUGAAGUUAGCACACAGAGGUAAUUUUUUGUCAGUGGCUCAUGCUGCCUGACCGCACGGCCAAUGGCCUAUAACGGACUUUGACCUUGUAAAAACAUCGUGAAAUACCCCCUCCCUCUCUCCCCCCACCACCACACCACAAUUUCUGCUCGAUGCCCCCCCCCCUGUGUAUUUACAUUUCCCCACCCUCCGCACCCAUCCAGCUCUUUUUCGUCACAUAGGUUGCAAAUUGUCAGGGAAAACGUCUGGCUGGCUCACUCGCUGUUGCAGCGCUUUCCUCUUUUCUGUCUCUGUGCUCGUGGAUACUGUUGUUGCUGCAAGUCUGUUGCUGCUGCUCUUCAAUGCUGCUGCCUGCCGCGCACCAAUAUUGUACAUGCUCAGUCUAGUGGCUGUUGUCUCUUACUGCUGCUGCUGCUGCACAUACUUUAAAAAAUCUUCUUCCUCUUUGCUGAAAUGCGGAGGGAAUCAUGUAUCUUCCAUACUCAUUUUGCGCCCCUCCAUAUUUUUCUUCUACUUACUUUACUUUGUCACAUUGUGUGUGCCUCGUUUCUUUUUCGUUGACGUAUUCUGCUUUCCGAAUGCUGCUUGUAGAUAUUACGUCCAAUGUACAUUGCAUCUGAGCCCGCCAUGCUACUCUUCAAGCUACGUAAAACAUGUAAAUAGCUCUUUGCCUUGGCAUUGACAUUGAUUUACUUCCACUACUGCAAAUGUCUUUACUGUCUACUA